AUGACCUCAGCAGUGGUGCCGCCUUGUGUUCCUUUUGGGGAGAGGAUGAUGAGUAAAAGAGAGAAGAACAGGAUUAAGUGUCUGAGGAGGAGGCAGAGGAGAAGGGAGAGGUGGAGACAAAGUCAACUGCAGGAGAGCAGACAGAGUUCAACAGGGAACCCAUCCAGCAGCAGCAGCGAGGAUGAGGAGGACGUGAGCACCGGGGACAGAGAAGGCUACAUCUGUGCAGUGUGUUUGGAUGUAUACUUCAGCCCUUACAUGUGUCAUCCCUGCAACCACAUCUUCUGUGAACCCUGUCUGAGGACACUGGCUAAGAACAGCCCCACCAACACCCCCUGCCCCCUCUGCAGAACAAUCAUCACACAUGUCUUCUUCCAGAAGGAGCUCAAUCAAACAGCAAGGACAUUCUUCCCAAAGGAAUACCUUUCCCGGAAACAGAACUUCCAGAAAGCCAGUUGUGCUAAGUGGCCUCUGCCGAGCUGCCGAAAACUCUUCCGUAUCUUUGGAGGCUUCCAGAGGCAGUCCAGUCCCAUUGCUAGACGCCAGUUCCCCCAUGGAGGAGGCUACCGUCUGGAUGCUAUGGACUUUGAGGAUGACUCUCGAGGCUGGCAUUUUGACAUGGAUAUGGUCAUCAUCUACAUCUACUCAGUCAACUGGGUUAUUGGAUUCUUCAUAUUCUGCUUCCUUUGCUACCUUUUCUUCCCUUCUUUUUGA